AUGCUGAAGCGCCAAAAGACAGAGCUUUUCAACUUGUGGCUUGAGAACGGCCGAGAUUGGGACAAGGUCGCAUGUGUUGUCGAAAGACAAACAGAGACCAAGAACUUGGCUCGUAAACAGUGGACAGCGGUGCAGGCCAAAACGCUGAAGGCGUCCAUGCCUGAAGACCGAUUCCAAGACCUUAUCAAGAAAAGGACUGAGGCUGGACUCUACUACAAGGAUGAUGACUAUCCUGAUGAUGAGCUGGAAACCUGGUACUACAUGCCUCAGGGGAGAGUGGUGCGCCAGGAUGACAGCACGUCAGAGCUUCUCAAAGUCCAGGCUCAAAAAAAGUUGGACCGGGGCAUGCUGAAUGAAAUGACGGGAGACGACGGUCCUCUGCAAGCAGGAGCGUUGCCUGCAGUGAAGGCGGCCUCCAUCGGUGGCGCCCAAGCCCUCUUGAAAGCCUUGGAUGACGAUGGAAAGAAGGUCACAAAGCCACCGAAGAGGAGAAAGGACGAAGAGACAGCAGAACCGGUGAAGCCCAAGACCAUCCUUGAGUCUGGCAUGGAAGCGCUGCAGAUUGUCCUCAGCAAGGCAACGACGGCGCGCCAGAAGUCAAUCCAGCUCAAAGGUGUGGAGUUUGCUGGUGAGUUGGCGACGCAAAUGCUGGGUCAUGCAGUUGAGAUGGAAGGAUACCAUUAUGAAGUAAACGAAUCUGACGAGCAGUUCCUCAAGAAAGUGAGCUUCAACAUGCGACAAGAUUGCAAAGACCAUAAGUUCUCCCUCCACCGCAACCGGUCGCCAAGCUGCGAACAUCUUGAUCAGGAAGACGGCGAAAUGCAGCUGUUGAACGUGUGCGCCUUCUCCUUGGCAAAGGCCAUCGAACUGAUUGACAAUUCUGGCUUGAUUCUGUCAUCAGAGGAAGCUAGCGAGCCCCGGCCAGACAGAGAUUAG